AAAAACCCCUCUUUGUGUCUACACAAACAUCCAUUUUUUUUUUUUUUUUUUGCUGGAAGGAGAAACUGAAAAGUCUCCCACAUUCUCGGGGACACCAUCAGACACUAACGGCUUUCCCCUCCAUUCUCGCACUCACUAUUAUUAGCUUCCAACCGACACACCUACACUUGCUCCGUUGUUCUGUUUCUUCUUCUUGUUCUUGUUUUCCCUUUUGCGGGUAGUUAUUGCCGUUGCGAGGUGGCACGGAGAGAGCUUAGCUCGAACAGACUGUUUCUCAUAACCGUCGUGCCAUCUCCAGCAGGGCGAACCGACGACGGCGAGUGGAUGUCAUCGGCGUGCAUAAUAUAAAUUGGUCUUGCUCAUCCCUUCCUCCUUUUUGUUGUGGUUCUAUUCUGUACCAUCGUCGCUUUUUUCUUUUCUUGAUGUCGGGACGCAAAAAUGACGACGUGGAAGCCGGUGUGAAGUUGCCCGGGGAAGAGGAGGAGGAGGACAAUGUGGACCAGUCGGACCCUUUCGAUGUUUCGGACACGAAGAACGCGUCUCUCGAGACUCUCAGGAGAUGGAGGCAAGCAGCCCUAGUCCUCAAUGCGACUCGGCGAUUCCGUUAUACUUUGGACUUAAAAAAGCAUGAGGAUAAAAUUCAAAGGCUGCGCAUGAUCCGGGCCCAUGCGCAAGUGAUACGAGCAGCUUUGCUUUUCAGAUUGGCAGGAGAGCAGCAGAUUGUGUUAGGUAAAAGAGUGGCUCCUCCGAGUUUGACUGGCGAUUAUGCUGUUGAUCUAGAGCAGCUAUCUUCCAUGAAUAGGGAACAUAAUACGACCAGUCUUCAGCAAUUUGGCGGGGUUAAAGGCCUAUCGGAUUUGCUGAAUACCAAUUUGGAGAAAGGAAUUGCUGGUGAUGAUGCUAGUUUAUCAAACAGGAGGAAUGCCUUUGGAUCCAACACAUAUCCUAGGAAAAAAGGACGGACUUUUCUGACAUUCCUUUGGGAGGCAUGGCAGGACUUGACCCUCAUAAUAUUGAUUAUAGCUGCAGCGGUAUCACUGGCCCUGGGAAUAAAGACCGAGGGGAUAAAAGAAGGAUGGUAUGAUGGGGGAAGCAUAGCUUUGGCUGUUCUUCUUGUCAUAAUGGUAACAGCCAUCAGUGAUUACCGCCAGUCUCUGCAGUUUCAAAAUUUGAAUGAGGAAAAACAGAACAUCCAAAUUGGGGUGAUGAGAGAUGGAAGGAUGGUACAAGUUUCGAUAUUUGAUAUUGUUGUGGGCGAUGUCAUACCACUCAGAAUAGGUGAUCAGGUUCCUGCUGAUGGAGUAUUAAUCAGUGGACACUCUCUUGCAAUUGAUGAAUCUAGCAUGACAGGAGAAAGCAAGAUUGUUCACAAGGAUCAAAAAUCACCUUUCCUGAUGUCUGGUUGCAAAGUCGCUGACGGUGUUGGCACUAUGCUGGUGACUGGUGUUGGAAUCAACACGGAGUGGGGAUUGCUGAUGGCAAGUAUAGUAGACGACACUGGUGAAGAGACUCCUUUGCAGGUGCGCUUGAACGGGGUGGCCACAUUCAUAGGCAUUGUCGGUCUGGCUGUAGCUGCUGCUGUGCUCACUGUCCUCUUGGCCAGGUACUUUACUGGACAUACAACAAAUUCUGAUGGAACAGUUCAGUUUGUGAAGGGCCAGACCAAAGUCGAUGAUAUCUUGGAUGGGGUCGUUAAAAUUGUGACGAUUGCAGUCACCAUCGUGGUUGUUGCAGUGCCUGAAGGGCUUCCUCUGGCUGUUACAUUGACCCUUGCUUACUCGAUGCGGAAAAUGAUGGCGGAUAAAGCCUUGGUUCGGAGGCUUUCAGCCUGUGAAACUAUGGGUUCUGCCACAACAAUUUGCAGUGAUAAGACUGGAACAUUGACGUUGAAUCAGAUGACUGUGGUUGAAGCUUAUGUUGGGAAAAAGAAGAUGGAUUCACCAGAUGAUGCCUCCCAAUUGCAUCACCUGAUUUCUUCUCUGCUUAUUGAGGGCAUUGCACAUAAUACCCAGGGCAACGUCUAUGUGCCAAAGGAUGGUGGUGAUGUUGAAGUUACUGGAUCUCCUACUGAGAAGGCUAUUCUUUCAUGGGCUGUUAAGCUGGGGAUGAAGUUUGAUGCUGUAAGAGCAGUGUCAGAGGAACUCCAUGUUUUUCCAUUCAACUCAGAGAAAAAGCGAGGAGGAGUUGCUGUACAAACGACCAGUUCUGAUGUUCAUGUACAUUGGAAGGGUGCAGCAGAAAUUGUCUUGGCCUCGUGCACGAAGUUUUUUGACUCAGAUGGUCACUUGCGAUCAAUCGAUGAAGAAAAGGACUUCUUUAAGCUUGCUAUUGAUGACAUGGCUGCUAGAAGUCUCCGCUGUGUUGCGAUCGCGUACAGACCUUUUGAUUCAGAUAAAGUUCCCAGCGAUGAUGAAGGCCUGGACAAUUGGGUACUACCUGACGAUGAUCUUGUUUUGCUUGCUGUUGUUGGCAUCAAGGAUCCUUGCCGUCCUGGCGUCAAAGACGCUGUCAGAAUAUGCACAGAAGCUGGGGUUAAGGUGCGAAUGGUCACUGGAGAUAAUAUCCAAACAGCAAAAGCAAUAGCUCUGGAAUGCGGGAUACUGAGUUCAAAUGAAGAUGCCACAGAGCCUAACAUUAUCGAAGGAAGGGUAUUCCGUGCAUUGUCUGAAAAGGAAAGAGAGCAGAUAGCAAAGAAAAUAACGGUGAUGGGAAGGUCUUCACCCAGCGACAAGCUACUACUUGUGCAAGCCUUACGCAAAGGUGGUGAAGUUGUUGCCGUAACUGGGGAUGGAACCAAUGAUGCUCCUGCACUUCAUGAGGCAGAUAUUGGUCUUGCUAUGGGCAUCCAAGGGACGGAAGUUGCAAAGGAAAGCUCUGACAUCAUUAUUUUAGAUGACAACUUUGCCUCUGUUGUUAAGGUUGUUCGCUGGGGCCGUUCUGUGUAUGCAAAUAUUCAGAAAUUUAUCCAGUUCCAACUCACAGUAAAUGUUGCCGCUCUAGUAAUCAAUGUUAUAGCAGCAAUAUCUUCGGGUGAAGUUCCGUUGACUGCAGUACAGCUUCUGUGGGUCAACCUUAUCAUGGAUACUCUUGGAGCACUCGCACUGGCAACAGAGCCGCCCACGGACCACCUAAUGGAUAGAACUCCAGUUGGCCGAAGGGAACCUCUAAUAACUAAUGUCAUGUGGAGGAACUUGCUAGUACAGGCUGCUUAUCAAGUAUGCGUCCUCCUUGUCCUGAACUACCGCGGCGUAAGUGUUCUUCAGUUGAGCAAUGAACCAAUGGAACAUGCCGUCAACGUCAAGAAUACGAUGGUGUUCAAUGCGUUUGUCCUUUGUCAAAUCUUCAAUGAGUUCAAUGCUCGAAAGCCCGACGAACUGAAUGUUUUCAGUGGAGUGACGAGAAACCACCUUUUCAUUUCUAUCAUUGGAGUUACCAUUGUGCUUCAAAUACUUAUUGUCGAGUUCCUCGGGAAGUUUGCCAAGACUGUAAAGCUCAGCUGGAAUCUGUGGCUUGUUUCUGUAGGGAUCGGCAUUGUCAGCUGGCCCCUUGCAGUACUCGGGAAGCUCAUUCCGGUCCCCAAGACUCCUCUCACCAAGUUUCUCAGCAAGCCAUUCACAAGACGACGGAAAAAUAAUGCUAGUGACGCAUGAGUAUAUAUGAUCCUGCUCUGCUUCCAUGCUUCCUACUAUUUAUUCCCAGUCUGCCGGUGGCGUGAAGCCGCGACUGUGCUCGUAAUAAUUGGACGAUAUCAAAGAGUUCCAAAAUUAGCUGUUGUACAUGCUGAUUACAGCUUCCAAGUAUAGUUUGAUGUCGAUCAUCUUCUAAUUUUACAGUAUUGAUGCAUAUGUCAAGUGUAAAUGGUAGAGAAUAUCAGGCUUGCUAAGCUAAAAGCCUGGAUAUUUUCAUUCUAUCUUUAAUUAUUAGAAGAUGGUGAAGCCAGUCUUGGCUAAGUAGUCAUCCUAUAAUAUAAUUUGCACUUUGCAGCACGUUCUCUCUAAA